CCCCCGCCCCGUGCCGGUUUCUGAGGUGUUUUGACUGUGUUCCCGCUCUGCCGGGGCGGUGAAGCCCCGCUGGCUGAGCCGGCUCCUCCGCAGCAUCCUGGGGGAGCUCGGGCUGGUCUCAGCCUGGUGGCCGUGCUGCGGGUCUGUCAGCUGCUCGGGGGUGGUUUGGACUCGGUCAUCCCGCUCACACAGCGUCUUUAAUGGUGUUUCCGCCUCAGAGUGUAUGUGCCAGCUGUCCCGCAGCUGUCAGCCAGGGGAAAAGGGGCUCCCCGGAUCAUCUCGGUGAGCAGCUGUCAGUUAUCCCUGAGCAGGUCCCGCAGGAUUGGGGAAUGUCAUAGUUUCAGAAAUAUGCUGUUUGGUGUUACAGACCAAAGCCGUCAGGGACAGUUGGUCCUGGGUUCACACCUCAGCUGAUGUUGUUCAGCAAAUGCUGUGCGAUUUCAUCGCGUUUAUCACUAAGCUCCUUCCUGACUUUUCCCUCAAACAGCUUCAUUUGGGAUCUGGUAGGUUCCUCAACACCUGCAUUUGUGGGCUGGGUGUCCCGAGUGAUGCAGCACAGUGGGGGCCGGUUUGGCCAAGCCUGCUUCUUUUUCGAGGACAGUCAAGAACGAAGAUGUGAAUAAGAGGGUGCAAAUGUGUGGCAAUUGCUGCUGCCUUGGCUGAUCAGUCACCUGAUGCAAAAAGACUAAAACUGGCAUGCUCACCUGCCUGACGCUUGGGGAAAAACCUCAACUCUGCCCCUGUCUAGAGGAGUCUGUUCCGAAACACUGGUAGGCUUCAGACUUUCCUCUGUCCUUAUCUGCUUGUCUGAGAAAUGUAGUUUGCUUGGGCUAGAUCUCACUUGACUCUGGGGCAGCAAUGUUUAAUCCUCGAAGGCGCCACAGGGCCGGGCUGUGCGAUGUCCUGGCAGCGCGGCUGGCACUGCGGGAUCCCCUGCGCCCUGCCUGGCCGGGCGUUCGCACCCCGCUCACCGCUCCAGCGCGCCAGGACUCGUGGAUCAGUUACAGCGGCAGCCCUGGCAGUUGCCUGCGUGCUGGGGAGCUGGAAUUAGCUGCAGAGCUAACGUGUUUGUUGCAUCAUCUUUGUGCAUCAAUGAGAAGUCCAAAUAUGGCUUUGUUCAAGCAACAGAAGGUGGAGGACGUGUAUGAAAUUGGGGAAGAGCUAGGCAGUGGCCAGUUUGCUAUAGUGAAGAAAUGCAGAGAAAAAAGCACCGGUGUGGAGUAUGCUGCUAAAUUCAUUAAGAAACGUCAGAGUCGGGCCAGCCGUCGUGGAGUGAGGCGUGAGGAGAUCGAACGGGAGGUUGCUAUUCUGCAGCAGAUUCUGCACGCCAACAUCAUCAAGUUGCAUGACAUCUACGAGAACAAGACAGAUGUGGUCCUCAUCCUGGAGCUGGUUUCUGGAGGAGAACUCUUUGAUUUCCUGGCACAGAAGGAGUCUUUGAGUGAAGAAGAAGCAACCAGAUUCAUCAAGCAGAUUUUGGAUGGUGUGAAUUACCUUCACUCGAAGAAAAUUGCUCACUUUGAUUUAAAGCCUGAAAACAUUAUGCUUCUAGACAAGAACAUCCCUAUUCCACACAUAAAACUCAUUGACUUUGGCCUGGCUCACAAAAUAGAAGAUGGAGUUGAAUUUAAAAACAUUUUUGGAACUCCAGAAUUUGUAGCUCCAGAAAUAGUGAACUAUGAACCGCUUGGACUAGCUGCAGAUAUGUGGAGCAUAGGAGUCAUCACCUACAUACUCCUUAGUGGUGCAUCACCUUUCCUUGGAGAAACUAAACAAGAAACGCUUGCCAACAUCACAGCUGUGAAUUAUGAAUUCGAUGAAGAAUUUUUCAGCAAUACCAGUGACCUGGCAAAAGACUUUAUUCAGAAACUCCUGGUGAAAGAUAUACGGAAACGGCUUACAAUUCAGGAAGCUCUGUCUCAUCCAUGGAUAACGCCAGUGGACAAGCGACAGGCUUUGGUUCGGCAAGCAUCUGUCGUUAACAUGGAAAACUUCAAAAGGCAAUAUACUAGAAGGCGAUGGAAGCUUUCUUACCAUAUCGUCUCGUUGUGCAACCACUUAUCCCGUUCACUGGUAAACAAGGUCCUGAUACAGGAUGAAGGUUUGGUAGGUACAUUGCUCGAAUGGGAAGAGGAGAAGGAUCAACUUUACUUUGCAGUGAUUUUUGCCGUCCUCAUACGGAUGCCCAGCCCAACAGGGUGACAAUGGUUUUGAGUGAGAAACCAAACAGACCCAUGGCAUCCCUUGAGUUUAUUCAGUGCUGCUGUAAGUUGCGUUACUGUGACAGAAAUGUUGGGCAGGGAGAGCUGAAGACUUCUGUAAAGGAGCAGCACAGAGACUGCGGAUGAUGUUUGGAUACCAUCGUGGUGACCGUGCUGUCUGACUGAGAAAUGGGCGCUUGGGGAGGGGCCUGCGGUGCUGCUCUCCUGCCCAGCAGUGGCAUGGAGGGUGUGGGGCCCCUGUGGUACAUGUGGCCUUCUGGAAUGAAACUGUGAGAUUUCAAUUAGCUCCACUGUUCUCAAUAGAUGAUGUGUUAAUAAUACUGAACAUCAUGCUUAGGAGCAUUUAUGUGACUGAAAUAUUGUGGCCUUUCUAUUUCAGAGAAACUGUGAAAGUGACAGUGAGGAUCUGUCACAAAGAAAAGCCACUCAGCAGAGGAGAAGCAGCGUAUCGUAAUGUCAGGAGAAUUCCACGGGUAGGAGACAGAGGAAACUUUCAUCCUUGCUGAAAAAAGCAGCCCUGACAGCAGACCUUGAUUUCUGGUCUGAAUCUGUGGUAUGAUGCUUCUCACUUCUCACACUACACCGAGAGCUGGAUGAUGGUAUGAAAUGCUUGCUGAGCGUUUCAGGAAACUGGGGAUCCAGAUUCCCAGGGAAAUCCGGAGCACAAGGACCGAUUGGAGUGCUUUUUUAUAUCGAGCGUUUCAGUGAUACUUCAAUCUAUUUGUGAUAUCAACUGCACUCAGGAUGUAGGGUUUCUACUGAUAUUCUUUUAUUGCAGAAUAAUUCACAUUCCACACAAUGAUUAAUGCUAUGUGCAUUAUUAUUUCAGUCAGGGAAAUUGUUAUUGAGUCAUGGAAAAUUUUUAAUACAUUUUAAAAUCUUUUUUAAUAGCAUAAAUAUUUGAUGGCAGAUAUCUGAGAGGUUUUGUUAGCUGUGUGCAGUACUCCGUUCUUGCUGUCAUUGAAGAGAAAAUCGUAGUGCUGUUGUGUAUCAUAACCUUGAUUUCACGAAGCUGGCAGUAAAGUGUUCUGCGCUGCAAUAGGAAUUGUGCUCUGGCCAUCGUUUUUGGCUGAAGACUAACACAGCUGCCAUUGUCACUUUGAGUACAACUGGUUCUGGCCCCUGAGAGGAUGAGACAGCCCAGGACAAUUUUUGGAUGAAAAAGAGAAAACAUUUGUAGUGACUUUACGUGCAGCCAAAUACAACAUUUUUACAGAACGAUGGCAGGAUGCUUCACCAAAAGAGGGCACUUGAAAACCCCAAGGUAUAUGGAGAAAUAGCCUUUACUAGUCUUUGUUAUUGUUUUAAUUUAUUGUUGGCAAAUUGGCGAUUCAUUAACACCUGUUUCUAGAGGUGCUAUUCGCACGGCUGUGUCCAAAACUGAGGAAGUAUGCACUUUGAUAUUGAUGUAACCUCUUUGUGUGAAGAAGUUGCAUCUUUAUAACUAUAUUAGUUUUGAAGCCGGUAUUGUUCAAUUGGUACCAAAAAAUGUGCGUAGACUAGGUUAUUUUUUUCAUUGACUAUAUUAGUUGUUAGAAGUUCAUAUUUAUUCUGCCAUUUAAUACAUUAAAAAUCAGAAAGCAAUCCUACUAGAAACAACUGCAGGUUGACAUGGAAACUGCUUUUGUUUGGCUUUAUGGUUGUCACUUCUAGGCUUAGGUUGUGGAGCUCACAGUGUGAACUGGUGUUGAAAACUGCUAUCAGGUUGAUUUUGUCUGUCUUCCAGUUUCUAAGAAAGAAAGAAAAAUACACUACUUUUAUUUGUAGCUUUGUAUCCUCACUUAGGCAGAGACAAAAAUGCAGUUGAUGGGAAAGUGUUUGUUGAAGGAAGGAAAUGUAAGAGAAGCAUUGGAGGAGGGCGGCAGAAAGUAGGAUGUGAGGGAAGAAAUGUAAAAUGAAGGCGAUGUGGGGUGGGAGGCAGUGGAGGGGGACGAGUGUAAAAGGGACACGUAGGGAGCAGAGGUGACGCUGGCCUGGGAAGGUUGAAAGAGGGGAAAGGGAAUGUAGCCAUAGGAGUUGUGGAAGCAGGAGAAGGAAGGUUUCAGCAAAUAUUGCUCUGCAUUUUGAUACUAUUUAUUUAAUUUCCUUUUAUUUCAUGUCUGUGACAUGUGCCUGGUGAAGGGAUAAAGAGCAGGCCCUGGGUUUCUCUUCACAUUCAGUUAAAAGGUGUAUUUCUGAGCUUUCUGUGUGAUUUUUGAGGCAGAAUCCUCAAAAAGUGCUGUAGUAACGUAUUUCUUAAGAGGAAGCAGUGUCUAGAGGCAAUCUUUCAUAAACAGAACACUAAAAGCAUAUAUUUGGAUAAAAAGCUGCCCAGCUAACCUACCAGAUUUUGCUUCCUGCUCUUCCUGUCCCAUGCGUUACCAUUAGUUCCUUCCCUGGGCUAUGGAAAACUAAAUAAACUCUGAGCCAGUUGUAUUUUUCUGAAUUCCUGGAGCUUCAAAACACCUUCAGUUUCCAAAUUAGAGAUUGUGGGAUGUGUACAUGAAUUGCACUUGUGAAAACUAAGGCCUGGUUAAAAUAGCUGUUAGGUCGUUGCAUCAGAGUUGUGCUAUCGUAGAGAUGAGGUUGUUGUUCUUAGGCAAAGUCCCAGCGACUGUUGAGCAAGAUGGGAUGCGGUGGAAAGGCAGACAGAGGAGUGCGAGGCAGCGUGAAGCCGUAAGCUCCAUCUUAUUAAUUCUGCAUUAAUAAACGUGUAAGGUGGCGUUGUAACAAAGACGUAGCAGGCAGCUCAUGGCGUUUGGUCCUCAGUUAUGAUUUUGCCCAGGUCGGCUGAGGCCGGGAGCGCUGGCUCGGUCACACAGAGCAGCUCGUGUCCAGCCAAACCGUUCCCCAACUGUUCCAGACAGGAGGACGCUGUGUGUGCAUAACCUCUUGUUCUCAGGAGGAGUGUUUGCGAUCUGUUAGGAAGUUUUACUGUGUUUUUCCAAAUGUGCUGUUAUGUGUGUUUAUCACCCAUUGAGGUGGAAAUCCAGCCCAGCUUUAGGACGGCAGAGUCUAAUUAAACUGUUUACAGCACUGGAGACCUUCCUCAGUGUGCGGUUAGUUUAAUUCUUACCAUUGGUGGUUUUUGAGGAACAAACUAGAGGUUCUUUUCAUUAAGGGAAAGAAAAAAAAGUCAUGGAAGGGAGGGGAGAUGUGGUACAUGUCAGUAAAACAGGUUGUUACAGGAUUUACUUCGGUGGGAGAGAAAAAUCUGUUUUCUGUGUAUUAUUUUUGAGUGGGAAGGAACCUGGAGAUAAUUGAAGUGACAGCCUGAAAAAAAGGCAAAUAUUUUUUAUUAAAAUAAGUCUAUUUUUAUUAUUAUUAUUAUUAUUUCAGUGGUGAUGUCUUUUAAAAUCCACAUGCCUGUAUUUUUAUUAAGAGAAAUACUGAUUUUUGCGUGCCUGGGAACAGCGCAGACUCUCAAGAACAACAACACAUUUGUUAUUCUGAGUUGCUAAUAAAAUUCUGCAAAGCGGGA